AUGCCGUCACCAAGCUCGCAGAAAAGAUCAGCACGAAGACUCCCAAGCCGGCUCCGAGAGACAGGUGCGGAACCUACGGGACACCUGCAAACCUUGCGUGAGGAAGCGGUAGAACGAGCCAGAAAUCGACAAGUACAACAACAGGACGGAGGAGACGAACGAGACUGGUGGCACACCUGGAGUUGGUGGUCUCCACACUCUCAGGAAUGGCAAUGGCAGACCUCGGACGGUGCCAGGGCAACAGAUGGAGACGCACAGGGAUGGGGGGUGAACGUCAUGGAUACGCAGGCCGAAACAAGACGCACACAGUCCAUGGAGGGACUCCUCAACGAGCUGGCUACCGGAGUUGCGGCAAGUUCGAGAAGGAAAGAAGCCAAGCGGUCCACAUCCACGUCAACGACGAGAGAGACCUACAGGCUGGAUCUACGGGAGACGACGAACCAGGAGGCUGAGCACCCAAGCUCUUCUUUCCAGGUUGGGAGUGACAGUGCCUCCUCCAAUGCUCCUGUUGGGGGGGUGCGCUACCCUGCCUCCGGUAAGGUUAGUGGUCUCCACACCUCACCUGAGAGCAAUUCAACAUCCGGGCUGACACUCACUACCAUCCAGAAGAUUGAAGAACCUCCACUUGAUCAUGAUUCUCCCGAUAUAGGGCCGAUGAAGGCUCCAGCUGCCUCGAGCCGAUGUUCCGACGAGCAGGAGACCAGACAACGGUCAUCUGCUGCUAGGAGAUCCAGCACAAUAGAGCCUCGGCCCGAGGAAAGAACACGAUCGUCUGCAGCUCGGAGGGCCAGUACCAUUGAGCCACGGCCACAUCUACUCCUGGUCCAAGCGCCACUAAAGGUGAGAGAAGUCAAGCACCGUCUACUUCGGGACGCGAAAUCGGCAGUGCUCAAGCUGAUUCCGCAUGGAGACGACCUCCAUACCUUCCUCAACGGCUACUUCAGGCGGCACCAUGCAACGUACCACGCCAAUCCGGUGAACAUGCCCUCGUGUGGUAACUGGAUAUGGUCGCUUACUGCAGCAUUGAUGACAAGGCCGGAAAGCCACCCCAACGUCUGGAGGCGUAGCCACGCGGGAAAGCUGGGAGAUGCGGUAGAGGGAUAUCUGUAUACGUUAUACCAGAGCCAGACGGCGGAGAACCUUGCCCUGCUGGCCACCUAUGGGGAGGCUGCAAAGUCCCUCCACGACCUGAUGCAAGGAAUCCCGCACGCCAUCUACUACCGCCUGUGCUGGAGGCAGUCGCUUGACUCGCUCGCGGAGCUUCUCGAACCGUGGAUAGGAGCAGCGUCUACACAGGACAUGCGGUCCUCGCACCCCGUCUUGACACUGGCGAUACUCGACCGCAACGAAUCCACAGCCGUGACAGUUGAGGAGGAGAACACAGGGCUAGACAAGCAGCAGACAACGAACAAGAGGGAGGAGAGACAUGGACCUCAUGGAAAAGAUGGGAGUGGAGGAACACUCUCCACCGAUCUCAUAGAGGGGGCAAACCCUUCUAACUCUGGUGAAGCUGUUGGUCUCCACACUUCACCUGUGGUCGGCUUGGCACCUGAGCCAAUACUCACAACCCUCAAAAAGCCUGCGGAACCUCCACUUGCUCUUGAUCUCCUCGUUGCACCGCAGACACAGAUGCCAGCUGCUUCGAGCCAGGGCCUUGGCGAGCAAGAGGCCAAUCAGCGAUCGACUGCAGCUAGGAGGUCUAAUACAAAUGAACCACGACCAGAGGCAAGACAACGAUCGUCUGCUGCACGGAGGGCUAGUACAGUGGAACCACGGCCCCAUCUACUCCUAGCACAAGCACCAGAGGAGGUACGACACGCUAAGCAACGCCUACUUCAGGAAGCGAAAUCUGCAGUGGUCAAGCUAAUUCCGCAUGGAGACGAUCUCCACAACUUCCUCCACGGCUACUUCAGGCAGCAUCAUGCAACGUAUCACACCAGCCCGAUGAACAUGCCCUCCUGCGGAAACUGGAUUUGGUCGCUCACAGCGGCUUUGAUGACAAGGCCGGAAAGCCACCCCAACGUCUGGACACGCAGGCAGGCGGGCAAGCUGGGUGACGCGGUUGAGGGCUACCUCUACACGUUGUACCAGAAACAGACGGUGGAGAGUCUUGCCCUGCUGGCCAUCUACGGGGAGGCAGCGAGGCACCUCCAUGACCUGAUGCAAGGAAUCCCACAUGCUAUUUACUACCGCCUAAGCUGGCGGCAGUCGCUCGACACGCUCGAAGAGCUCCUCGAGCCGUGGAUAGGAGUGUCAGAUGCACAGGACAAGCGGUCUCCGCGUCCUGCAGUGCCACUGUCAAUUCUCGAUAGCAAAAAAGGGCCAUGCAAUCAGCUUGCGACACAAACUGUCGCAAAUGGCGACUUCGACCGACCGUCAGACGCAGACACCUACGAGGCAGGAGGUGGGGCACAGCAACGUCUCAAGGUCCUGUCCAUCAAUGUUAACAGCCUAAGCGGGUUCCUUUGGGGUGAAGUCAAGGCGUUUCUUGGUGGAGAGGGCAUGCAAUAUGACUUCAUAUUCCUACAGGAAACGCACCGCACUGCCUUUUGCGCUUUCAAGGUUGAUAACUGGAUGGCAGUUGGCUCCUCAACAAAACGGGGAGAGGAUGUGCUCACACUAGUUCAUCCUCGUUACGAUGCCUCCAUGGUUCGUUACCAGGAGAUAAUCCCAGGCAGAGUUCUAAGAGUGAAGGUAUGCCACAAAGAGGCAGCCAUCGAAACACUUAACAUAUACCAACAUGUUUGGAUACACACGGAUGAUCCGGAACAAAACAAACAGAGGCGGCAAACCCUGCUCGAUAAGUGCACUGCCACAAUACAGGGCAUGGCUAGAAGAGACACCCUGAUUCUGGCGGGAGAUUUUAACUCAGAGGUACACGCAGUAAAUGGAUUGAUCGGGACACGCGUGAACCGCUCGGCCUAUCACCAAGCCCUUGACCCACUCUCACUUCCACGAUUCAUACAAGACAACGCCCUGGUUGCUCUAAACACUUGGCAUAUGAAGGACCCAUGCACCAACUACACCCGUACGGGUAACUCUCAGAUUGACUACAUCCUUGUGCGCGCACCAAGUGCUGACACCAGAGCGAAGCAAGUAGUCAAACAAGAGGCACCCUUUGGGGCGUGGAAAGAGCUCACACACUCGGCCCUUAUUGCUGAUGUCCGAAUCAUCAAGCACUUCCACUUGCCCAAGGCCAAAAUGCAACAGGAACUACAGUACUCGAGACACGACCUUGACUACGCGUAUCGCCAGAAGGAUCACCGAAUCACACAAUUAAAGAGUAAAGUGGAAUUGGAGAUAAAUCACAGCUUGAACCAUGGCCUCCCACUGACUGCAGAUCACAUCAAUCACACAUUACUGCGUGAGGUCUCUGACCUCUUCCCAACAGCUACAUCAGCACACACCAAUCGAGGCCACGCCAAAGCACAGUGCAAGGCCAUCUUUGCUGCGUGGAAAGAGCUGUUGACCCACCCUGACGAAGUAGGAGGCUCGACCAUCACACUGCCUGCCCGCGUCUACCACAUGUGGCAGAGACGUAGGGAUCUUCAACGAUGCAAGCCAUUCACCUUGUCAGGAGUGCUUCGCACAUGGCAAUGGGUGCUCCUCUUCAACAAGGCAGGACGGCAGAGCAAGCAAUAUCAUCUCCAGCAUCAACGGGCCAUAGCACGGGGGCACCUGCAGCAAGCUGAAAGGGCCGCCCAGACGCAUAACACGAAGCGUCUCUAUGGUGCAGUCAAGCGACUCCUGCCCUGGAAGCCCAAGCCCAGGAUUAUGCUUAAGCACCCGGAUGGAUCGCCCAUGUCUCUGCACCAGGAACACCAAGCACUUGUCCAACACUGCAAACAACUCUUCGCACCCCCGGCGGCAUCUCCCAAUCGUCCAGGCCAGAUGCUCAGCAUGCCAUUGACGGCCGGUGAAUGGACGACACAGCUCAAAUGUACUCCUAUAGGCAAGGCCGUGCCUGCGGACUCCGCUCCGGCCACAGCGUGGAAGGCCUGCGCGACGAUUGUGGCACCAGCCAUGGCCUGCGUAGCCAAACGACUUCAGCCGGUAACCUCAGCAUUACCUGAUGCAUGGAAGAACCCUCAGUUGUGUUUCCUUCCCAAACCGCAUAAACCUCCAUCCACCGCAGCUGCUCUCAGACCUAUAGGCCUACUCAGACCGGAUGGCAAGGCGUUUGCGGGCUACAUCAAAAAUCAGCUACUGAUGCAGGCCUGCUCCAGCCUUACUCACACUCCACAGUAUGCAUACCUUCCGGCACGGGACACGUCGGAUGCGCUGGCAAGGGUCAACGCAUGUAUACAUGACAUCAAGGACGGUCUCAAGGCCUUGGGUGGGAAUAGGUUUCUGACGAGACAGCGCAAAGAAACUGGACAGGUCAAAGGCGAAUCAGGAGGGUGCCUCCUGUCGGUCGACCUCAGCCAAGCUUUUGAUCGUGUCAAUCGUGCAAAACUAGAUAGAGCGUUGGCACUCCACCAGGUUGAUGCUGACCUUAGAUCUACCGUCACAGCCAUCCACGAGCAGGCUGCCUACCAGGUCAGGGAUAAAUUUCACCGGACAGAUAUCUGCACGACGCAAGGAAUCCGCCAGGGAUGUCGACUAGCACCAGCCCUUUGGGCAGUGCUGUCGUCUCAGUUACUCUGGGAUCUUACUCCCGCUGGUCAAACGCCACUGCAGCUUCCAUUCACGUUGUUCGCCGAUGACCAUCUAUAG